AUGAAAUUCGAUAUUCAAGAAAAGGUGAAUUACAUGGCGAUGCAGCACGGCAUCAUCAGCAUUGGCGUUUCCGGCGGAUCAAUGCCGAGCAUCGUCGCCGAAGCGUUGAGCAACAUUCCCGAUUUUCAAUGGGAUCGCGUCAAGAUAUUUGUCGUCGAUGAGCGCAACGUUGAAGUGGACAGUGCCGAGAGCAACAUCGGCACCUAUUUGCGACUCAUCCCGAAAGCCCACAACAAAUCGCUGCUCAACUUCACGAUCUACGAGAAUCACGUGAAAACCGCGCACAUGUACGAGGCAACACUGCGCAAAAUGUUGCUGCCCGAGCAGAACGGACAAUACGCGCGAUUCGACAUUCUGCUUCUUGGAGUUGGACCGGAUGGGCACACGUGCAGCUUGUUUCCGGGUCUCGACGUGCCGAAAUUGACCGAUCAUCAUUGGGUGACCGCCGUGUCGGAAUCGCCGAAGCCGCCGUCGAAGCGAGUGACGCUCACGAUGCCGGUUUUGAACAACGCCAAGAACCUCGCGUUCAUCAUCACCGGCAAACCGAAAUCGCACGUGGUGAAAUCGAUAUACGACGGCGACAAAAAGUAUCCGGCGUCUCAAGUGCGACCCAUCAACAAUCGAUUGACGCUGAUUCUCGACGAGGACGCCGCCUCAGAUCUUCCGCGACCGUUGCCAACGCCGAAAGAUGCCGAGAAAUCGCCGCAAAAGAUGGAAAUCGAUGAGUCGCGUGAAAUGGAUAUGUCUUAA